UCUAUUAGUCUGACCAGCAAAUGUUUGAUGAAAUGAAUUUUUGUAUUUUUGAGGAAGAAAAUAAUAUUCCUUUGGCUCAGUACUUUCUGAGCCAAAAUAAGUGCUGCCAUAAUAUUGUGCUUGCUUGUCUGGCUGACUUCUUCUCACUUUCCAUUGUAGAUGUUUACUGGUGGUGAUAAUCUCACAAAGAAGAACCAGACUGAGCCCUGAAUCUGAGGCUGCUCCUUUUAUCUGGAAUCAACAAACCUUGUUUGAAAGCCCAGUGGAUCAAUGAUUAUAAAGACACCAAGUGAAAGGUACCUGAUUGAACCCUCUGGAGACCAAGAAUGGAGUGAGAGAUCCACUUCAUCCUUACAACAGACAUCAAGUGACAGGUACCUGACUGAACCCUCUGGAAACCAAGAAUGGAGUGAGAGAUCCACUUCAUCCUUACAACAGACCCCAAGUGACCUGACUGAACCCUCUGGAGACCAUGAAUGGAGUGAGAGAUCCACUUCAUUCUUACAACAGACACCAAGUGACCUGACUGAACCCUCUGGAGACCAUGAAUGGAAUGAUAGAUACACUUCAUCCUUACAACAGACAUCAAGUGACAGGUACCUGACUGAACCCUCUGGAAACCAAGAAUGGAGUGAGAGAUCCACUUCAUCCUUACAACAGACACCAAGUGACCUGACUGAACCCUCUGGAGACCAUGAAUGGAAUGAGAGAUAAAUUCUCAAAAUUCUCAAAUUUUCAAAAUUCUCAUUAUUUCCUGGAAUAUCUUAUUUUGAUUAUUUUAUUUUUCCAUUUUUAAUAAAUAAUGCCUUCUUUUACAGGUGGGAAUAAGAGACGCAUGUGGACAGAUGAUGAAGUGAAGGCUGUUGAGCGACAUAUGUUUGAUUUCAUAACAAGCCAUAAAGUUUCAGGUAAA